AUGAAGUUCUCCACACAACUCCUUUUUCCUUUCUUCCUCGCUCUUGCGCCUUCAGCUUCGGCUGCUUCCCCAAGCGAUCUUCAAGCGCAAAUUGGACAUCAUGUCAUCUUCUCUUACCCCGGCCUCGAGCCACCAGCCUAUCUCCUCGACCUGAUCAAGGAAGGCAAAGUCGGGGGUAUCAUCCUCUUCGGCGAAAACGUCAGUGACAACCUCACAGCCACAAUAGACAACUUCCAGGAGACCUAUAAGCAGAGUCCAUACUAUUCAGGCAAUCCUUUGUUCAUCAUGACGGACCAAGAAGGCGGAAAAGUGCGUCGAUUGGCCGGUGGACCAGUAGAGAGCGCUAAACAAAUCGGCCAAGCCCCCGAUCCGAAAGCGGCAGCGACACAGAUGGGCAAAGAUGCUGCGAGCACCCUCGAGGCAUUUAAGAACAAUGUCAAUCUAGCACCUGUACUGGAUGUGUAUCGCGAGGCCGGGGACUUCGCCGAUGCCUCCCAACGCUCUUUCAGCAACUCAUCCCGCAUCGUUGGAACAUGCGGGUCCGCAUUUAUCAGCGCGCAGCAAGCGGCCGGUGUCAUCGCAUCCGCUAAGCACUUCCCUGGCCUUGGUGCAGCAGGCGCAGGCGAGAAUACGGAUCUGCAGCCCGUCACCAUUGACUUGACCCUCAAAGAGCUGCGUAAGGUGGAUAUGGCGCCGUAUACCCAGGCCAUCGCGGCAGGUGUGGACAUGGUUAUGACUUCGUGGGCUAUCUAUCCUGCUCUGGACCCGACCUACCCCUCCGGGCUGAGCAAGACUAUUAUCCAAAAUGAGUUGCGGGGUAGACUUGGUUUCAAGGGUGUCACUAUCACCGAUGCCGUUGAGGCAGGAGCGCUAGAGGCGUUCGGCGAUCAGGCUACUCGUGGAUUGUUGGCUGCACAAGCUGGUAUUGAUAUCUUGCUUGCGGCUAAGAGGGAUGUCACGCAGGGAGAAGAUAUAUAUAACGCUCUGGUUGCCGCGUUAGAAGAUGGGUCGUUGGACCAGGAUUCAUUUUCUGCUGCGACACAGAGAAUCCUAGACGUUCGGAAGAAGCUUGUUUAG